AUGGCUCAGCCCUGGCUGCUGCUCCUCCUGCCCCUCGGGUGUCCAGCCCUGCCCACAGAGAUAACCAGCCUCCUUAGGCUGGCACAACUUGGCGUGGGCGCCCCGCCCCUCCCCCCGCCGGCCCCGCCCCGGGCGCUGCAGGUGAGCGGGGCGCCGCGGACGCUGGUGAUCUGCCUGGUCCUGGACGCCGCCCCCCCCGGCCGCCACAGCCCCAUCUGGUUCUCCACGGGCAACGGCAGCGCGCUGGACGCCUUCACCUACGGCCCCGCGCCCGCCGCCGACGGCACCUGGAGCAGCUGGGCCCGGCUCUCCCUGUCCUCCGAGGAGCUGGCGGCCUGGGAGCCCCUGGCCUGCCACGCGGGCGCCCUGCGGACGCUGCCCCGGCCGCUGCCCGGGCACACACCAAUCCUCAAGAACUCACACUCUUCUCCUUGGCUUGCAGGAGAAGCUUCCCCAGCCAGGACUUGCUUCCAGGAUGAUCUCAGGGGGACACAAAGCCACGCCCUGCACCUGGGGGCCGUGAGGCUGCUGCUUUGCAAGCUGCUGCUCACAGAUGUGCUGCUGACCUGCCACAUCCUGCUCCUGCCCCGCCGCCCGCACUCAUGCCCCGCCAAGACCACUCAUCUCCCCUGGCCUCAGGGACCGAAGGACCCAGCGCCCUGA